ACCGGCCUCCUCGGCAAACAAAAACAGGGCGAAGUCCGUCCGUUGUUCAACUCCAACUAGUUGCUCCAGUAGCAGGGACAUUUUAUCUUUUUUACCAAAUAAUAUUUACCCACCCACAACAACAACGACAUUUGUAGGAUUGCAUCUAAAAAAUGGGUUGUUGUGGCUGCUGCGCUGCUUUGAGACCCCGUUACAAGCGACUAGUGGACAACAUUUUCCCCGUCAAUCCCGAGGAUGGAUUGGUACGGAGCAACAUGGACAAGUUGACAUUCUAUUCCAUGUCAUCCCCAGAGAAACUUGAUCGUAUUGGCGAGUACUUGGCCCAAAGGGUCAGUCGCGACAUUUAUCGCCAUCGCAAUCCAAUGGUUAUUAUAGCUAUGGAGGCUAUGGAUCAGUUACUAGUGGCUUGCCACGCUCAGAGUCUUAAUUUGUUUGUUGAGAGCUUCCUAAAGACAGUCCAAAAAUUGUUGGAAACUACCGAACCGGCCCUACAAAUAUUGGCUUCUCAAUCGUUUGUUAAGUUUGCGAAUAUUGAGGAAGACACGCCGUCUUAUCACCGCCGUUACGAUUUCUUCGUUUCAAAAUUCGCUUCCCUCUGUCACAGUAACCACCCCGAAGUUGACGUUUUGAACAGCUUACGUUUAGCUGGCCUACGUGGCAUUCAGGGAGUUGUUCGCAAAACAGUGUCAGACGAUCUAGUGGAAAAUAUUUGGGAACCAGUUCACAUGGAUAAGAUUGUUCCUUCGCUGUUGUAUAACAUGCAACAUGCCAGACCCAGAAGGAUUUCCAAUGAUGAUAACAGUCCAAAUGGCCUUCCUGAAGAACAAGUUGAUUCUGAAAACACCGCACUGAAUAUUGAUCCGUCUGCGUUGGCGGAAAACUGCCUGCGUGAGCUGGUAGGCAGGGCCUCUUUCGGCAAUAUCCGCUCUGUCAUUAAACCAGUAUUCAAGCAUUUGGAUUUACAUGAGCUUUGGGUUCCCAACGACUUUGCCAUUUAUACAUUCCGUGUGAUCAUGUAUUCUAUUCAGGUUCAGUACUCAUACGCGGUGGUAGAAAAUUUGAUGAUGCAUUUAGAUACCUCUUCCCGAUCCAGAGCCAAAGUGCGUACCAGCAUGGCGAAUGUUCUAGCCAAAAUAAUUGCAAUCGCUGCUGGAGAGAGCGUAGGGCCGUCGGUGCUGGAGAUUGUUAAUUCGCUACUGAAGCAUUUAAAACAGAGUAUAAUGUCGGCCAUCCCUAUUGAAGACAAGGAAGCCGUAACCGACGAAAAGCAUUUCCAAGAAUCGUUGAUAAGCGCAUUAGCAGAAUUUGCAUAUCAUCUUCCCGACUAUCAGAAAAUUGAGAUCAUGAUGUUCAUCAUUGGAGGAACGCCCGGAACAGGAAAAUCGGAUCCUGAGAAUGUCCCAGCUGAAACCCUUUUGCAACACAUGUUAUUAAAAUGUCUUUUGAAAGUCAGCCACAAGUAUAAGUCGACCAACUUCUCCACCUCGCUUCCAUUGACUUUCUUGGAUCCUCUUUUACGUACUUCACUGGUUCAGGAUGCUUACGUCCGUGUUCUAGUGCAAGAAAUCCUUCAUUGCCUGCUUGACCGUCAUGAUAACCGUUCGAAGCUGAAGAAACCCAGUGUUGAUAUUUGUGAUCUGAACUUGGCCAUCGAUAAAUGUUCGCGGGCGGAUUCUUUGUUUUACAAAAAUCACGGAAGUCGUAUUUUAGUUAAUUUGUCGGAGAGCUUAGACUUGAACAAUGUCACCCGUGAAAAUAUUGAGGCGAUUUACUGCACAGCAGCUUUAAUUUGCGUCGAAUUAGCUACAGAUGAAAUGCUAGUGGAUAUUUUACGAUGGGCAUUAGCGGUUCAGGAUGUAGCGCUGACAAAUACUAUGCUUCAUCCGAAAAAUCGUUUAUCUCUUCAUGUUAUUGCUAUCAGCAUCGUUACCCUGGCUUCCCACACAAUGAGCGUGACUACGUUGAUAGAAUACAGUUCGAAAGUAGUAACUGCAAGAAAUGGCAGUGCACCAUAUCUCCUAAACUUUAACGAGUCAAGUGCUGAAAGCAUUCAACAAGAUUCUAUCUCUCCGGAAUGUCUUUUAGACUUCAACGCUAUUGCUGAUUGCAUGAAAGAGGCUGGAAGAGAUAUCAUGGGCAUGAUUCCUCUACAAGGACCUUUCAAUGCGAACCAACGUUAUUCCUGGGCUGACUCAUCGGUAAAUCAGCCAUCGUCUUUCACUGAUUUGAGCAACAUCAAUUUGGAUGGAUCUGAGAGCAACACCUCCUCACCUGGACUUGCUCGAAGAUACGCAGAGGAAGAGGUAACUUUUGAAGCACUAAAGAAAGUUCUGGCAGAGCCUGUAGAAUCUCGACGUGAAGCCGAGUAUGAAAAGAGGCAAGUUAUUUGUGAGAAGUUCCGGAACGCUCCAUUCCAGCAAUUGGUCGCCAGUUCACAAUCUAAAGGCGAUGUUUUGAACGAUACGCUGAAUCAAAUCUUGACUCGCAUAUCAGUUUUGCCUUGUGGCCAACCGGAAUUGAACGCUGUGCAACAUAAUAACCAGUCAUUGCCGCAUUAUGGGAACAACUUCCCAGAUUUAUUCGUGUAUUAGGAUAUAUUGGUUAAUCCAUCGGUGUAUAUAGAAACACUCCGGUAUGGCGCAAUAAAAAGUUGCCUUCUUUAGUGACGCAA